AGAAGUCCCUUCAUCCCUCUCUCAAACACUCCUCCAACACAAGGACUCUCUCUUUCCUCAAGAUGACGGCGGGGUUGUGUGUGUGUGUUCUGUUGGUGGUCCUGUCCACUAGCUGUUUGGGACGACCCCAGUCCUCUCCCCCCCUCCAAGAGGGCGGCCCUGCCAUGCCCCCUUCCUCUGAAGCACGUCUUGAAGCCUACGCCCACUUCCUCUCCAAGCCACGCCUCAGACAGACACGCUCCGCCCCUUUGGACAAUACCGUCCCAUAUACGGCAGAAGAAGAUGGAGACUCCAGAGCCAACCUCAGUGAACUGUUGGCUAGACUCAUCUCUUCACGGAAAGGUUCUAUCCGUAAGAACUCAACAGUGAACAGCAGAGCUAGCGGUCUCAGUGCUAACCACCGGAUAAAAGACCGAGACUACAACGGGUGGAUGGACUUCGGCCGCCGCAGUGCAGAAGAGUACGAGUACGAGUACUCCUUGUAAAAAAGUAGUCACUCUCUACAAGAAAACAACAAACUCAGUCACUGUCCCGCGAUAAGAGUAUAUUUAUUCUGUAUUUGUUUGUAAACACUAGAUGAUGCAAUAUAUACAUAUGCCAAAUGUUUCAGGAAAUCUUUCAAGUUCUGGUUUUCUUUCCUGGUUUUCUGUCUGUUUAUGGUUUUGGAGGGAAUUGAAUGGAAUGAAAAAAGGUCAGGUGUUAAUGGAAAAAUAUAUAUGAUGUCAUGAGAUUAACUUGGAUCAAUAAAAGUGAAAAAUGAA